AUGAGUGAACUUGGGGUUGUGGGGAAUUUCAGCGACUAUAUAAACGAUACGGACAACCACAUACCUAAGAAAAGACGUUUAAAUUGGGAUGAUGAAAAAUUUAAGCCUGGAUUCAUACUAAGAGUUAAAGUGAAGAACUUCACUACAUAUUCGUAUGCAGAGUUUAAUUUGUCGCCGACCUUGAAUAUGAUCAUAGGGCCAAAUGGGACCGGAAAGAGUACAUUAGUUGCUGCUAUAUGCUUAGGAUUAGGAGGAAAAAUCGAUCUCAUCAAGAGAAAAACCAUGAAAUCAAUGAUUAAGACAGGCCAACAAGAAAGUAUCAUUGAAAUUACGUUGAAAGAUAGUGAGCCCGAUCUGUAUUUAGUGAUACAAAGGAAAUUCACUGAAAAAGAGUCUUCAUGGGAGUUGAACGGAGUAGUUUCGGAUGAAAAGCUGAUAAGAAAAAUCUGUAAGAAGUUUAAUAUUCAAUUAGACAAUCUUUGCCAUUUUUUGCCACAAGAGAGAGUGGCAGAAUUUGCGGGCUUAUCGCCUGAAUUGCUACUUCUUGAAACUCAAAGAACGGUUGGGUCGGGCCACCUUUUGGCAAUGCAUGAGGAUUUGAUCGCAAAGGAUAAUAUGCGUGAAAGCUUGAAGACAGACAUUGCAUCAAUUGAAGAAAGAUUAAUAAAAUUAACCGAAGAGAAAGACAGAUUACAGGAAGAGGCUAGACGAUUUGAAGAAUAUCAGGAAAAGACACAAGAUUUGAUAAACCAUAAAAUGUUGAUUCCUUAUGCCCAGCUCCAAGAUUUAAAAGAGCGUCAGAAGCAUAUCAAGAAAGAGAGAGAUCUUGCAAAGAAAAAGUUGGAAAAUUUUAAAUCUAAUACUAGGCCAAUUGAAAUACAGCUACAACAAGCACAACAAGAAUAUGAAGUACAAGAUGCAAAGUUUCAAGAAUCAAAAUCAGCUUACCAAGAAUUAAUAGCAAGCUAUGACAAUAGGAAAGAAGAAAUAAGUAAAAACUUAGACACUAUUGCGGGCCUUAAAAUGACAAAGACUACAUUGUCGAAUAAAAAUGAAAUGAAGAGGGUUGAGUUGGACAAAUUACGACAGGAAAAAGAAGAAUUAUUAUUGAAAUUAAAUAAUAUGCCUCAAGUAGAUGAGAAUGAGUUACUAAGGAAUAAAAAUCUCAGAGAUGAGAAGCACGAGGAAAUUAAUGAUUUAAAAUCUGAUGUUGAUAAUGCUCAAGAUAAAGCAGAUUCUUUGAUUAGUCAACUCAAUAAAUUAAAGAAAAAUAUACAGGAGGAACAAAAAAGAUCUAGCUCGAAUGAUAAAAUUGUUGUCUUAGAAAGUAACGGGAGAUACCGCAGUGAUCUCUUAGAUAAUGCUUACGGUGCACAUAUGUAUUUAAGGGAGCAAGCCGAAAUUAAGGAUCUCUAUUUCGAAGCUCCUGUCGUCUCUUGUGAAAUUGUUAAUAAAAAAUAUGCUAAGUUCGCUGAAAAGGUUAUUGACAAUAACACAUUACUUGCAUUGACUAUACCAACUCAAGAAGUUUAUGAUAAAGUUUCACAAGUUCUCUUUUCUAAAUACAAUGCUCCGUUAAGAAUUACACAAGAAGUUGCUAGCACGAACCAUAUGAGCAAAGAUGAAUUAAACUCAUAUGGGUUCGAGGGUUUUUUGUCUGAUUAUAUCUCCGGGCCAAAAGCCGUUUUAAAUAUGUUGAAUGUGAUUUCAAAAGUUCACCUUAUUCCUGUGAGUAGUAAGCCUUUAUCAGAUCAACAGUUUGAGAAAUUGUUACAACCAGAUGGUAGAGGUAGAAUCCCCUUUAUGAGAUUCGUGGCUGGGGAUAGUUUAUUUACAGUUUCAAGGUCCAGGUAUGGAUCUAAACAAUAUUUGUAUACUACUGAGCAGGUCCAAGAAGCACGUCUUUUUGGUUCUACUGGCUUAACUCAAGAGGUUAAAAAACAACUACAGGACAAUAUUGAAAGGAUGAUAAAGGAGCACAAAACAUUACGAGCAGAAUUAGAUAGACUCCAGAACAACUCAGAGCCUAUUAAACUGAAACACCUAUCUGUUAUCAAAGAAUUUAAUGUAAUAAAAGCUGAGGUUGACAGAUUACAGAAUCUCAAGAAAGGAAAAGCGAAGCUAGAGACGUAUAUACUGCAGAAGGAUGAAAGAAUUAAGAAGAUGGAGCGAGAUGCACAGAAAGAUUAUACUGAAAAGAUAAAGGUGAUCGAGAAAAAAGUCAAAGAAAAAUACGAUAACUAUGCAACGGCUACAUCAGAACUCUCGAAUAUGAUAAAAAAAAUAACAUUUUCUUCCAUUAAACUAGAUCAAGAUGAAUUUUUGUUACUUCAAACACAAAAUAGGAUAGUCACAGCAGAACAGUUGAAGAGCAAACUUAUGCAAUAUAAAGAGUCCUUAGAAAAGUCUUACGAGGAAGCGAAACAAAAAUAUAAUGAAAUAAAGAAGAGUGAUGCAGCACAAAAAAUCAGGGAACAGAAUGCAUCCUAUACAGAUGAACAACGAGAAGUUUUGUCUCAUUUAGCUGGGAUGUAUAUGGAUAAUAAUACUUUGACGGAAAAAAAUAUAAGAGAGAAGAUUCAACUCCUUGAAGAUGAAAGAGCCUUGAUGUCGACAGCGGAUCAAAGUUCCAUCGAGACGUUAAAAAGUAAACUACACGAGAUUGAAGUUUCUGAAAGAGAAUUGCCAAACUUAAGAAAUAAGAAGGAGCAGCUUGAUGAGAGAAUUGACAAAAUCUAUGAACAAUGGGAACCAGAAUUGUCAGAUUUGGUAUUGAAAAUUUCAAAGGCAUUUCAAAAAAAGUUCACUACUGUUGCAAGUGAUGGUCAAGUUGAAUUAGCAAAAGAGAAGAGAUUUAAGGAUUGGAAGCUACAAAUUCUUGUCAAAUUUAGGGAAAAUUCAGACCUAAAAGUAUUGGACCACCAAUCUCAAUCAGGAGGAGAGAGAGCAGUUUCUACUAUAUUUUUCAUCAUGUCAUUACAAGGUUUAACAGAUGCUCCAUUCAGGAUAGUGGAUGAGAUUAAUCAGGGUAUGGAUCCAAGAAAUGAAAAAAUGGCCCAUAAAUAUUUGGUUCAUACUGCUUGUCAGAAUAAUAAAUCUCAAUAUUUUUUAGUAACCCCAAAAUUGUUAACAGGAUUAUAUUAUCAUCCAGAUAUGGUUGUACAUUGUAUUUAUACUGGACCUCUCAUUGAUGCUGUUGAGAAAGACUCUGAUAAGCCAGACUUUAUGGAUUUGACGAGAAGUGCAUUAGUUACGGUUACGUAA